UUCACCUAGUCGACGAAACAGAUUUAUCGGAACUUAUCGGAGCAGAGGAUACAGUACACGUGAGGAUAUCCAGACUACACUUCAAAAACAUGAAAAUUCUGAUGCAGAGUGGUUUCAGAAAAAGCUUCUUGACUGCACAGUUCGUCACCCAAUUGCUUUGAAAUAUCCUGUGUCUUUGGGAUACAGUCAACUCUUCCUUAAAACACUCUUGUCUAAGAUUGAAGAGUGCAGUGAAGAGGUAUUAGAAGAUGUAUAUUUUGCCUACACAGAUAUACUCUCUCGGGAGAUGUCCCCUUCUUGCGGCGACAACUUCUGUUACCGGACGUACUAUUUUAGUGAAUCUCUCAUCAUAACCCUGAAGGAAACAUCCAACCUUGUUUGUGAUGGCACAACAGGCAUGUGUACUUGGGAGGCUAGCCAUGUUUUAGCAGAAUGGUGUUGCAAGGAGGCCCAUCGCUUUCAAGAUAAAAAUGUUUUAGAGCUUGGGGCUGGUUUGGGCCUGUUGGGUUUAGCUGUUGUGCAGAGCUGCAAGCCUUCAUCAUACACCUUUACUGACUUACAUCCUUCAGUCCUAAACACAUUAACUGAAAAUGUCCAAAUUAAUCUAAAUAAAGUGCCACAUGACAAACAAAGUGCACCUAACAAGGAUAUUUGGGUUGAUGAGAUUACAAUGAAGUACAACAACACUGAUGCUCAAAUACGGAGAUUAGACUGGGAGAGUGACUCAUUUGAUGACCAACUUGAUGUUAUUCUUGCUGCAGAUGUGGUUUAUGACACCGAGGUUAUCAGACAGUUAGUGAAGACAUUGAUGGGAACGCUAAGCAAGCAACCUGGAAUAGCUGUUUAUAUAGCCAGCACUGUGAGGAACCCAGAUACAUACAGUUACUUCAAGGAGUUAUUGGCAUCGAAGAGAGUGGUAACGCAGUCAGAAACACAUCAUCACCAUCAAGCUUCUCCAUCACAACCUCAGCUGUCUGUGAACAUCCUCCACUUAACACUAUAGUAUAGUAUGUAUCAAUGUCAUUAAAUGAAGUACGUA